AUGUUACGAUGUCCACCUCUCUCGUCGUAUCGUCUUUGCGGUUCACAUUUCUCAUAUCAUAGUAGAUUCUUUUCCAGACAAAAGUUUUCUUUGCCGCCUUUGAGCAACUCAAGAAGACCUUCGUAGCAUCAAGAGCUAUUGUGGCAACUGAGAUAGGCUGCAUUGCCGAUAGGCAUGCGCGGCAGGCUGCGCUGUACAGGCUGCAAGAAGGGACUCUCUUCUGAAGUGAAGAAGCGACGCGUGCCCGCCUGUUCACCGCUGUGACAGAACGCACGGGGCCGGGGAAGGGGCGGGUGAUGAGAAGUGAGACGGUAGUAUAGACGGAGUAGAUAGAAGGAAGCGGUCUUCUUGUUUAAUUAGCACGGCGGGAGACGAGAGUUUGCGAUGGCGUGAUGCCGGCGCCUGCAGAUCAGCGAGCUGUGGCCGCGGUGCGGCCCUAGCACGAAGCGGAGACGGGGCGUCCCGCGGCAGGAGGGCGUCGAUGGGCAGUGUAAGUGCUGCCCAUCCGUUAUCCUCGUCGCGCGCAGGGGGAGGGGCAGGCGAUAGAGCGGCUGCGGGGGGAGACGGUUGUUCGGAAGGAUCCCUUGUCGGUGGGCAUCGCACGGUGCCGCGUGCGCGUCCGCAUGGAGGAUGCAGGAAUGAUCAGAUUGGAGUAAAGAAGUGUAGCGCAAUAGUUUGCGCAUUUUCCCAUCAAACCCAUCAUCACCAUCGGUUGGUCAGGAAGGUCCCUAGAGCCCUUACAUCGGUGUCCAUAGCAACGGAUGGUAGGCCCGCCUGAGGGCGUGAAACGUGCGAGGCGGUCGGGUCGCGCGCGAAAUAAUAAUGAUAAUAAUGUUCGUAGCAUAUUGAAAUGGCAAACCAAAUUGAACUUUUUUAGC